CAUGCAUGCUUCCUCUCCCUCGCGUAUCUUUGUUUUGUUCUGAUCUGUCCUUUGUCCUUGUUUACAUAUUCCCUCUGUUGUUUCAGUGUCCCCUUGUACCCUCCGGCGUCUUUGCCUAUAGGUCCUCCCGGUACACUCCUUCGUCCUCUCCCUCCUACCUCCUACCCCCCUAUGAUACCUCUACUCCUCUCCCUGCCUUGUUCCAAAUGUCCUCUUAUAUUAGUCGAUGACCCACUGAACUCUCUUUCCCUUUCUAAUCACUCCUAUUCCCACGCAUGCCCGGGAACAUAUGCAAACACACAUGCAUACACUCACAGUGGACAGCCACACUCACACAGACACGGUUAGAGAAAAAACAUAAAACAGGAAGGAUUUUUUUUUUGCAAUGGGCAACUCUGUAAAGUCGCUUAAGAUUUUCACCAAGAAGGACCAAAAGAAGAACUACAAAGCAGUGCAGUCCUCUGAGGAGGGGGGAUCUGGGGGGGCCUACCUUGAGCCACUAGUGGCCAUGGCCCAGAACGGAGCCACUAUGCACAACGUACUGGGGCCUGCGUGCAUCUUUCUACGCAAGGGCUUCGCUGAGAGCCGGCAGGCUGACCGAGAGUUGAGGCCAGAAGAAAUGGAUGAGUUGCGUGAGGCGUUCACGGAGUUCGACAAAGACAAAGAUGGGUUUAUCGGCUGUAAAGAUUUGGGCAACUGCAUGAGAACGAUGGGCUACAUGCCAACAGAGAUGGAGCUAAUAGAGCUGAGCCAGCAGAUCAACAUGAAUUUGGGAGGACAUGUUGACUUUGAGGACUUUGUUGAACUCAUGGGGCCCAAACUUCUGGCUGAAACGGCGGACAUGAUCGGGGUGAAGGAGCUGAGGGAUGCGUUCAAGGAGUUUGACACUAACGGUGACGGCCAGAUCAGCACAGCAGAACUCCGAGAGGCGAUGAAAAAGCUUUUAGGACAGCAGGUCGGACACAGAGACCUGGAGGACAUCUUACGAGACAUCGACCUCAACGGAGACGGGCAUGUAGACUUUGAAGAGUUUGUGCGGAUGAUGUCUCGAUGAGUUCAUGGCGGAGUCGACAUGUGAAACACAACAUGGGUUCUCUGUUGGUGUGGGAGGAAGAGGAGAGAGUCCAGUACCGAGUGUCGAUGGAUCUGGAUCUUCUGAACUGUCAAAAAACAAGAACACAAACAUAUCAACCCAGCCCUGAAACUGCCAUGCUGGAGCACAAAGGCUGAGGACUGCAGCCGAGAGCAACACUGUUGAUGACACGCUGCUGAUGUUCCUAAGAACACAAAACCAACAGCUGGAUUUCUGACUUUUACAAAGUAUGUUUUAAAAAAAGCAUAUUUUCCUUUCGUAAUAACAUUGUUAAUGUUGAUGUGGUGGUUGACUCAAUGGGUUAAGGGAAUUGGGAUGUUUGAGAAACACUAUGUUGAUAACUGUAGCAAAUAAAAAUGUAAAGUUUUCAACUAGCAGCGAAACCAAUAUAGCACAGUCCUCUCUUAAGCUGAGGACAUCUUAAGCACACAAAUGAUAUAUAGCAACAUGUAAUAUUUAAUGUGAUCCUGUCAAAGCUGUGUUUGUGUUUUGUGCAUACUGUUGUUUCUAUCCUAACACUGUAGGUUUAUGAUGUGUCCUGUAAGACUGCAUUGGUUAAAGCAAGCCAAUAGUUGUUCUGUAAUUAUGUGUAAUGUAGCACUGAUGCAGUUCUUCAUACUUUAAUAACAUUAUGCCCAUCAUACUGUGAGAUAUACGUCAUGUAAAAAUCCUGAUGGGAAUUUGCUCUAGUUAGUGAGUUGCUAGUCUUGAAUGCGAUAGGCCUUUUGAAUUCCAUAUAUGUUUUAUUAAUUCUGACUAUUACUCAGAGUUACACAGAGUGUGACAGAUCAUCUACUCACAAGCCUCGGUGAUAAACAUGAAAGAGCGUUAAUUCUAGACAUGAAAGAGAGAUUAUGUUAGUGCUUUCAUUUGUAUCAGAGAGCUUUAAUAAAUGUACUUGUUCUGAGUCUUCAGAACAGUCCUGAAGUGAUUUUCACUUUGGUACAACUUUUACACUUUUAAUUUCAAUACCUCAAAAUGAAUUGAACAAUCAACAUAUUGCAUAAACCGCCCCGAACAUAUCCUCUUUUACCUUCAUUAUCUAUAUUUAUAAAGGGGCAGCAUUUGCUAAUUUAUGAAAAAAGCCAAAGAAAGUUUACAAAAAUAUAAUUUAAGUCUCAUUCAGUGUAGUAAGUGUAUGCAGUGUAUUUUAGAAACAUGAUCCAAUAGAUUUUAUUUUCAAAACGGCUGCUUGAAAUGUCGUUUCUGGUUCAUGGGGCAGCUAAAUUAUCGGUUCACUGUUCUUAAAUGGACAUGGGUUUAUGCAUGCUAUAAACUUAUCUUACUUUGUGACUUUACUCGUCUUAAGUGUUUGAAACUAUGCAUGCAAGAAACAACUGACAUUUGUAGCAGAAUACAUACAAAUAAAGUUUUUUAUUGGAACUUGA